UUUGAACAAUAAUCUCUUACCGAAACGAGACGGCGAGCGAUGGCGAGAACCUCCGCUCCGUCAACGACCGGAACCCUAACCCUAACGAUCGAAGAGCUGUCCCCUUCUUCUUCUUCGGCUCCCACCUCUUCUCAGCGAUCGCAGCCGCCCGAAACCCUAGUUCUCCGACUCAAGCGGCCCAAGAAGAAGGUCUCCUGGAAGGAAGGGACGGUCGACAACGAGUUCCUCAACCGCAAGAGUUCCAAGAAGUGCUGCAUCUUCCACAAGCAGAAGCCCUUCGACGAGGACGACAGCGACGAGGAGGACCGCGGCGAUAAGCCCGCUGGCGACUCGGCUGGGCCAAGCCGUUGCUGCUCCCACGCCCUUGACCACUGAUGGUUUCCGUCCUCUUUGAUCGUAUGUGUGGUUUUGUCCCUGUUUAACUCGAAUUUUUCGAACGUUGAGGAUCGCAUCAUUUAUAUUCUUUCGGAUGAUGUUAAAUAUCUCCGUUGAUCGGUAUCAUCAAUCAGGGCUUUCCAGGUUGGGCUCUUCGUACAUGUAUAGGAAUGAAAAAUUGAGCUUGGCGAUGAAUCCUAACGAAACUGAUAACAAGAUGCGGACCUUGGUCUUCUGUUAUGUUGAUGGAAUUCAAAGCUUUGGCUAGUGAAUUAAUCCUCCAUCUUUAGUCUUCCUUGUCUCUUUGUAACGCGUAGAUGUGAUUUCGAUUGAUCAGGAAUUAGGUAAUCAUCUUUUGAACAAAACUAUUUAAGUUGAAAUAUACUUGUGAUUGAUUUAAA